UACUUAUUUGGAAAUCAGUAUCAUCAGCGGAUUGUGAUGGAGGAUUUGGAUAAGAAUCCCUUCUAUAGCUGCAACCGUUGCCGGAAUCCGAUUGCACUUCGCGACAACCUUCUUUCUAAAGCUUUCAAGGCACAAUCGGGGCAAGCUUAUAUGUUUUCUGAUGCCAAGAACUUUGUGUUGGGGGAAAAUAAAGUGCGGCAGUUAAUGACAGGGCGGUUCGUGGUGGCUGACGUCUACUGCAGUAACUGUGGGGAGGUUUUGGGGUGGAAGUACUUGAAAUCCUUCCAUGUUUCACAGAAUUAUAAAGUUGGAAAUUUCAUCAUCGAGAAAGCCAAGGUUCUCAAGGAAUAUGCUUGAUCUCCUUUAUGCAAUAAUUGCGUGAUUCACAAUGUAUGAUAUUUUUUAUUUGGUUUAGAAAAUAAUGUCUUGUUAUAUACCCAUAAAUAUAAGUCUUUCUACUAAUUUUCUUCUCACA